AUGAUAUAUCGAAAUCCAAACCAAACCCAACCUAGAAGAGAGACCUAUCCAUUUUUUUCCUUGGACAACGAGGAGACCCUAUCCUCCCUAAUUAACACUUCUUCUUGGUUCGUGGUAGGUUUUGGUUCUAAAACAGAACCACAAUGCUGUAAAACAACCGACAAGGGAUCAAGUAACUCUGUUGGCUGUCCAUUUCAAGCACUUGGCGAACACUUGACAAGAUUGAAACUGUCAACAAAUAAUGAAGACGAACGAGUCUGCAUUGUUGCUUCACAUCUAUCAAACCGUUUAUCAUUAACCUUGACUUUAGUAAAUAGCUCAACUGGUGAUAAAGCUGAGCUUCUCUACAAGGCUGAGUCGCUGGAGACAUUUGAAAGAGUUUCGCCCAAAUGGAUGCGAGAUGUUGUAAAGUUUAGCACAAAUUUGACUUAUGCCUUCUUCGAAAGGCUCUCUCGGGUCACUAAGGCCCAGGAUUUAUCGGAGAUGGAUGCUCUCUACGCCAAGCUCUACGACAGAUACACCACCCUCAAGAAGAAGAAGUUUUCGGAAUUAGAUGAGGUAAAUAGGGAACAAGAAGAGAAGUUCCUCACCUUUGUCUCAGCCUCAGAGACCCUGACGCAGCAUCUGAGAAGUGAAAUCGAGAAUUUGAAUGUGAUUGUGGAGAGAUUAAGGAAUGAGAACACUGAAUUCAGAUAUUCAAGGGACGAGGAGCGUCUCGAGUCUCAGAAGUGUCUUCUGGAAGAACAACGGAAGAACAAGGCACUUUCCGAGGAAGUUGUGAAACUCAGACAGCUUAUCUCAGAAGGAGUUCCUCACAACUACAAAGAUCAGAGUGGAACAAAACGAAAGACUCCACAGUCUCCUCAAGUUACAACUAGAAGCAUGAGGAAACGUACAAGGCAGUCAGAGGAUGAUAAUUUGGUGGAAACGGAUGAAGGGUCGCCUACGAGAAGCCUGAGGAAAGGUGGCAGGGAGGCAGAGGUAUCACUUCAAAAAUCAACAACGGUAAAACAAAACAUCAAUAAUAUGGUGGAAACGGAUGAGGUAUCGCCUAAGAGAAGCCUGAGGAAACGUGGCAGGCAGACAGAGGUAUCACCUCAAAAAUCAACAACGGAAACUCUCUUGGUUUCUCAACCCCAGUGCUGUAAAACAACCGACGAGGGAUCAAGUAACUCUACUGGUUGUCCAUUUCACGCUCUUGGCGAACACUUGACAGGGAUGAAAUUGUCAACUAGUAAUGAAGGGGGACGAGUCUGCAUUGUUGCCUCGCACUCAUCAAGCGGUCUAUCAUUCAGCUUAACUUUGAUAAAUAACUCAAACGGUGAAGAAGCUGAGCUGCUCUAUAAUGUUAUAUCGCUGGGGACAUUUCAAAGAGUGGUGCCGACAUGGAUGAGAGGUGUAAACAAGUUUAACACAAAUAUGAUUCCGCUCUUCUUCGAAAGAGUCUCUCGGGUCAUUAAGCCCCGGGGUUGA